AUGGCUCCGAAGUGCACCCUAGAGGCCAUUGAAGGUUUGAUAUGUGGUAUCAUGCAGAACGACAGACCAUUCGGCGGAAAGCCAUUCAUCAUUGGAGGCAAUUUUCUGCAAGAGUUGCAAAUAGUCGAGCAAGGACAACACGACCAAAUCACGCUUCUGCGCAAUUUUGACGGUUUGGAACGGGAUGCGAUUAAGAGCAGAGACUCUCGGAAGCUAUGUGCUUGGCUAUCGUUUUGUUUGUGGAAGUUGAAGAAAUCAGUCAGCUGA